GCCUGCAAAUGGUACACACUUACAAAGUCUUCAAGAAGAAGUUGGGACCAACAUGGAGAGCAGGAUAGCUUACAAUAUGAUGGAUGUGUCCCAAUAACUCUUGUGUUGUCCUACUCAACACUCCUCCUGCUGUCAUAUUUUUUGCUAUACUGAUAUGACAAUACAAUUAAACACAAAAAUCUCAAAAGGCCAUUUAUCAUUAUCCAAUAAAAAAUGGGUGUUGCUAGUGGAAGGAGAAACACUUCAGGACCACCAGGGCGGACAACAUCACACCUACGGCAGGAGCCGGAGCUGUUGCUACCAGACCUCUCCCUCCCGUCCCCACCUUGGCUGUUUCUAGGGCCGAGACGGUGCUGCCCAGCACCACGCCGUCGCCCAUCAUGGCGGUUAUCUUUGGACAUCGACCCGAGUAGGUGAAGUUGGGCCAGAAAACGCCCCUCUGUCUAUGUGGGGCCAAAUUCCUUAUAUGCCUAAACAUACAAGUGUGACCGGAAGUGAACCUAUCCCCUGGUGAUGACCCUGGCGUGCAGUCUACUUGUACGGAGGACUUUCCACGAUGGCAUCCUCUGCAUUGUUGGCAUUGCUGGUACUUCAGUUUGGAUAUGGACAAAGCUCUCUUAAACGUCUCCAUGAAGAUCAUUAUAUUGACCAGCAGCACAAUCCUGAACAUGAUCUGAACAUCCUGCUGGGAGAUGAGGACUAUGAGGAGAUACAGACUCUUAGCCCAGCAGAACAGAGGAAACAGUUGAUGAAAAUUGUGAAGCGGAUUGAUACAGAGGCUGACAAUCUGCUAAGUGCAGAGGAGAUAACGCUAUGGAUUCAGCACGUCUACAGAAAAUAUGCACUGGAUGAUGCAGAGGAGCGGUUCCCUGAGUUUGACACUGACAAAGAUGGUGUUGUAACGUGGGAGGAAUACAAUAAGGUCGCUCAUGACCAGCUCAUUAGUUUUGAUGACAGCGCUGCUCCGGAGGAUCCAGAGCAAGAGUCUCUCAGACACCUCCACCUGAAGGAGAAGAGGCGCUUUGACUUUGCUGAUGUGGACGGCACACCCGGGCUAAAUGUGAAAGAGUUUCUCGCCUUCACCCACCCAUCUGAAGUGGAUCACAUGGCUGAUUUUGCCAUUGAAGAUGUGUUGAGUGAAUAUGACACUGAUAAAGAUGGACUCAUCAGUCUGAGUGAAUUUAUUGGAGAUGUUCGAGGUGAUGAUGAUUCCCCUUCACACUGGGAGAUUGAAGAAACGGUGCGGUUUAAAGACCUCUAUGAUCAAGAUAAGGAUGACAAGUUGAAUCGAGACGAGCAGCUCCGCUGGGUCGCGCCUAAUAGCUACGGCUCAGCAAGAGAAGAGGCUCUUCACCUCAUCAAGGAAAUGGACAACGAUGGAGACGGGCAGAUCUCAGAGGCGGAAGUUUUCAAAUAUCAAGAACUAUUCAUGAACAGUGAAGUGACAGACUAUGGCCGACUGCUGAAUGUAUUACACGAUGAACUAUAACUAUACUUUAUGUUCUUGUUUUUUUCCAUGAAGAUGUAAUGUUGCUUUAUUUCCUUUGUUGUACUUCGACAUUAGUCAUGGGAUUUACAUCAUUGUUCAUCUAAGCCUUCAACAACCAUUUGCAGUAUUGAAUGAGAUGGACAUAAUAAGAGGAAAACAUAUAUUGCAACACAAGCAUAGUACAUCUCCAACAGAAGUUGCACAUCUCUAAAAUGUUCUGUUUCAGUCAAAUCUGAACAUCAGAAGCUUCAGGGCUGUUUUAUUGUAUUGCAUAAUAUUGUAAGCCUUUCCUGUUACUGCGUACAAUCUUUAUGCACAUUGUCCUGAACAACAGGGAGGUUCUACUGAUAUUAUUAUUGUAACCACUGUGUAAGGACAACACAUUUGAGUUUGUUUUGAUUACAUUUAUAUGACAGAUUUGUUGAACUGCAGCUGUAUAUCAUUAGUUUUUCUUUCACAUGUGGAAAAAGUGAACUGACAUAAGUAUCCGUCUAGUUGUAUUAACAGUUAACAAGUUGUGUCUCUUCCUCAUUUAAAUCAAAUGAGUAAGUGAAAUAUGUGUUGCCGUUUUGAAGGCUGGUUUCCUGAAUGUGUCAUGAUCCGUUUCACUUGGAUCAAGCAGCAGCCUGUUUCACUGCUGAGCUGUAUAAAGUGACUUAAAGUUGAGUAGAUUCUCCAACAGGGACUAUUUUAACCACUGCCAAGAUGACAGUAAAAUUUGAAGAUGCAUUUUGGGUGAGUUGGUGUGAUGCUACUAAUCCAUAAUUAUUUUUGUGCAUUUUGUGAUUUAUGUUCAGCGCUCAAGUUAACCAUGAGUUUUUACUGAACCGUGAAGUCAGUGUUGUAUUUAAUAUGUUCACUGGAGUUUCAAGCUAAUAUCGUGUAACUUUCCACUUCUACUGUAUUUAUGCUUUUCAUUUUGUCUGGACAGUAUCAAUACACUUGUAAUAUAUUCAGUUAUCGUAGCCUAUAUGUGACUACAGUUAGCUAAACGCUGUCCUGUCUUUAGAUUUCCAAUCUUCUUUGCUUUGUUUCCUUUUUCUCAUUUUGAAACUCACUGAAUGGGUACUGAAUUGUUGCUUGGAUUAAAACAGUAACGAUAAAAAAAAAUGUAUGUACACAAUCGUGAUAAGCGAAACAAUCAUUUUAAUCUCUGGGUUGUGUACAAUGUACAGUAUGUCUAAAACCAGGUGUGCUACACAAACUAAACGGCUCUCUCACCACAA